CUCCAGAUAAAGGCAUCAGUUGGGAUAUAAUGGGAGCCAAUCCGAAUGUGUCUAGGCUCAUGAUAUCACUGUGACAUAAUUCACACCUCUGAGCAGGUGGCCAAUAGGGGGAUUCUCAGGGUUAUAUAUAUUGAGACUUUGGGAAAGAAAGACGGGUCACCCUGAAGUUUGCUUCGUCUCUACAGCAGGUAAUUGAUCUUGCUUAAACCCCCUACCCUGUCCAAGGGAGAUCUGCAGAAUGCUUCACAAUUCCUUGCAAGAAAAGGCAUGCAGAACAUUUAUCCCUCAGUCUGCAAAGGAGGAUCUGCAAAGCAAUUAAGAUCCUUUAGACUUAAUUAUUUGCAGAGCACUUUACUUUUUCUCGGGGAAGAAAACUGCAAAAUAUGGAAACUUGUCACUUUUUUGAGCCUAGCUCAAGCUCCUGAACUGCAUAACAUCUUGAGCUUUCCCUGGCAAAAACUGGAUUUGCAGAGUACUUUAAGCAUCCCCCAUUUUUAUAUUUAACCAUUGCCUGUGGACCACCACCAGGAUUGCUGGGGGACAUGCUGAAUGCAAGAACUUCCUUACACCAUCCCAAUUCUUGCAAUGCAAACUUUCCAGUGGUCCAGUAUAAUGCUGUAAAUGUAUACCCCCAUAUGGGGUUCUCUGUACUAUAGCGUCCAUGACCAUAUUCCCUAACCCUGCAAAUCCCCAUCCAUGGAACUAUUUGCAUUGCUGCAGCAUUGUUUUGAACCCUGUGUUAUGCAUAGAGUAUUUAACCCUGCCUAACCAGGCACAACUCAACAGAGCAUUUCUUAGUUUGCACAUUAUAGCAUUUUGAAUAUGUUUUCUUCAGCCCCUGCAGUCUAACUGCAGUUUGGUUUCCUGUGCACUUAUGAAAUUUUAAAGGAGAGGGAAAUAUUUAUGGCAAUAUGUGCAUGCUGUUAUUUAUUAUCCUGUUAUUUAUUAUCCUGUUUCCUCCUAGCCUCACCCCUCUGCAGUUUGUCCUUGCAUUCUGUCCCAUGUUCAUCGUACUUGUAUUUUCUCUUUUCCUGUCCCCUCUUUUUCAGAUGACCGCCCGCCCCUUUACCCAUUCACUGUCCUCUCACAUUCUUACAUUCUUACUCCCCCUUUCCCCCUUACUCUUAUCGUCUGAAAUUCUCCCCUCUUGCUGCCCUUGUAUUCCCCCCCUCUCCGCCUGCCACCUCCUUUUAGAUUCCACCCACCCCUCUUUUCUAACUUAUGACAUGCUGCAGAGCCACCUGUCAGCUUUGGCUCUGUAGAGGGAUCCUGUGAUCUAUAUAUAUUCCGAAUUUGCUGUUGCAGCAUCCACACUUUACCACUUGUCAGAGCUCCUGUCACUUGCGCACACAAACAGCUUCACAUAGUGUCACUUACAAGGAAUGAUCACGCACACACACCAGCACUAGAUGCAGAGGCAAAUUGUCAGUGUCACAUUUAGCAUGCAUUACACUUGGCUUCCAAAGCUCACUCGCUGUGUGUCCAGCACCUCUAGAACUUCAGGGGUCAAGAGAAAGGUUUCAAGAUGCAGGGGUACCUUUUUUAGAGUUCAGUGAUUUUAUACAAACUCUAAACAAGUAAUGAUUUGUUUGUAUAACUUUUAGUACAGACAUGUUACUGCUACACACAGCAUUCUAAAUCUAGAAUUUCACUCAAUAUUCAUUGGAUAUCCAGAUUGUCUAGCACAGAAGCAUCAGAUAGCCACAGCAACUAGAUUGCUUACAAUAACAGACUGGUACAAGGAUAACUGAAUGAUUUGUAAAUAACCCUGUGAGCAUCAGUGAAUUUCAAUUUAAGAUCAAAAUAGUUUAACUGGCAAUAUUCUCUAAAUCCGUUCUAUUUUAAUUUGGUGAGUCUGGCCUUAAAUUUGAAAAUCACUUUGAAUUCUCCUUUUACGAAAUAAAUGUGUCAAACUCAACAGUUUGGCAUGCCAUACCCAGAUAUUACACGAAACAUGGACCCAAAUUCUCCUAUCACAAAACUGGGUCACUUGAUGCCUUUAGAAUCAGACUUUUCACAUUCACAACCUACUUGUGUUUUUCUUUUUCCACACAUUUGUUUAAAGGGGUGGAGGGUAGAAGCCAUUCUAACAUUGUUUUUGUUUUACUUGAGAUUUUUCUAUUUCUAAUCUUCAUCAGGUCCAGCCCGAUCUUCCACCAUGCCUUUCGGUAACACCCACAACAACUUCAAGCUGAAUUAUUCAGCAGAAGAGGAAUUCCCUGACCUCUCCAAACAUAACAACCAUAUGGCCAAGGCUUUGACCCUUGACAUUUACAAGAAGCUCAGAGACAAGCAGACUCCAAGUGGCUUCACCCUUGAUGACAUCAUCCAAACCGGAAUAGAUAACCCAGGUAAUGCAAUACACUAGGCACCAUGGGGGAAAGAAACGUUCCCAUGCCUCCCAAUGAUGUCUGUUUUUGGUGGAAGGAUGGUUUGGCCAUCUCUGAGCUUUUGGCCAUAAGUAAGACAAGGCUAGAUCUGGCAUGUUGCUUUGGCCUUUUAAAUGAGGGCAACCUUGUUAUGAAAUAUAGCUUCAUAGAAUUUGGGGUUGGAAUGCCUACUGGUGCUAAUAAAUAAAAUUACAUUAAUAAAGCCCCUUUUCUCUCUUGCAUUAGAAGUGAAGUAUCAACAAUGUUUCUCUAGCUUUCAUGCAUUUUUAUGUGUGUCUGUUUUUAUUUAUUAGAGAGAAAUUCACUGUAACACAUUUAAAAUUGUGAAUUUAAUAUUCUGUAGGUCACCCUUUCAUCAUGACUGUGGGUUGCGUAGCUGGAGAUGAGGAAUCCUAUGAGGUAUUCAAGGAUCUUCUGGACCCAGUCAUUGAGGACCGUCACGGAGGUUACAAACCCACCGACAAGCACAAGACUGACCUCAACUUCAGCAACCUUAAGGUAAUUAGGAAGUCUAGAAGAUUACCUUAGAUACAUCUUCAUAACUGGGUUAACCACACAAGCUAUGUUUUCUCUUGUAGGACAGUACAUAAAAGAAUGAGUGCUUCACCUGCACACUUUAAAACUUUUGCAAAAGUGCUUACUGCCAUGUUAGUUUUGAUUUUAAACGCCAUGUCUUAAUGCACAUUAUGGCAUUUCAUUGUAAAGAAUGCAUUAUAGUCCCUGAACUAGUAACGAAGAUGGCUAUGUUGAGGUGGAUAACUGUACUGAGAUGCAAUAUGAAGUCAGAGGAUACCCAAGUUGGCAUUACAGGGUGUAAUAAAAUGCCUAGUAGAUGACUCUCUGUAUUUUGUUCCCAGGGAGGUGAUGAUCUGGACCCAAACUACGUCUUUAGUUCCCGUGUUAGAACUGGACGCAGCAUCAAGGGAUACACUCUCCCACCCCACUGCAGCCGUGGAGAGCGUCGUGCCAUCGAGAAGCUGUCCAUUCAAGGUAACAAAGUCCUACGAUGGCUAUAGAGUAGAUGUGUUUCUUGGUUUGCCUUCUAGCAUGCCAUUAUCCGCCCCCCCCUCAAGAACUAUGACUGUGUGCUAAUAAGACACCAUUCUAGUCGAGUCAUAUUUUAAUUUACCUUACUGGCACAAAGUCUGUGUGGUAGUAAAGUAUUGGAAAUAGAGUUCCCCUACAUCCUCCAUUUUUGUGUUUUAGGGUGUUAAUCAGCACUUCAUGUGCCUCACUUUCUCCUUUUUCCUUUCUGCUUGAUCCAGCCCUUAACAGCUUGACCGGAGAGUUCAAGGGCAAGUAUUAUCCACUUAAGGACAUGUCUGAUGCCGAACAGCAGCAGCUGAUUGAUGAUCACUUCCUUUUUGACAAGCCAGUGUCCCCUCUGCUUUUGGCCGCUGGCAUGGCCCGUGACUGGCCCGAUGCCCGUGGUAUCUGGUAAGUUCACUGAACCACAAGGUCUAGAACAAAUAAUUGAUAUGACUCAUUUGAGGACUUCUAUAAUUUGUCACAAAUGACAAAGUAGAUAACCUUCUAAUCACUAUAUCAACAACAUGAAAUAACGUGUUGGUAUUUUAUCAUGACAGUAUAAUGUUAAAUCUAGACUUAGAGGGACAUUCUAAGCAUCCUAAUUUCCAUUGUGUAUGUUAAUGUCACUGUCUCCCACAAACUGUUGCAUUCAAGUUCAAUGAUUUGCAAAAUAAAUGUCAGGAAGAAUAUUUCUCUUCCUCUGUUGUUCAACUAGUAUAUGGCAAGCACACACAGUCCUUUUUUCAUCCUCUACAGUUCUCAGAGAGAACAUGCGUGUACACUCCGUUCAGGAGAAUGCUAUGCACAAACCUACUGUCUGCUUAUUUAUCAAUUUCACUCAUCAGAUCUGAGUUGAACUGCAAAACUAUAGGUUAAAAGCAGACUCCAUAGAAAAGUAUAGGCUUUCAACCUCUCUCUAAUGCACAAAAUGGGGAGAAAGGUUCACAUCCAAUAUGAAGUGUCCCUUUAAAACCUCACCAUGAUGCAGCGAUCAUCAAAACCCCUUGAGAUGGUUUAAUGGUUUACUGAGGCUGAUUUAUCUUUGCUCCUUAUGGUUGAAGAUUGAUGGAUGUUUAUCAAUUCUUCUUUCGCCCCUCUAGGCACAAUGAUGACAAAACCUUCCUGGUUUGGGUAAAUGAAGAGGACCAUCUGAGAGUAAUUUCCAUGCAGAAAGGAGGUGACAUGAAGGAGGUUUUCAGACGCUUCUGUGUUGGACUCCAGAAGGUAAAAAUGAUUUGCACGUAUUUCUUCUGUAUGUUACUUCCUUCUUAUGCAUACAAGCUUCACCCACUUCAUUAUGUUUCUCUUUUCACAUCCUAUCACUCAAUCAUUCGUAACACAUCUAUUUAUCUUAUACAGAUUGAGGAGAUCUUUAAAAAAGCAGGACAUCCCUUCAUGUGGAAUGAGCAUCUGGGUUACGUCCUCACUUGCCCAUCUAACCUGGGUACAGGUUUGAGAGGUGGUGUCCACGUUAAGCUUCCCAACCUCAGCAAGCACCCCAAAUUUGAAGAAAUCCUGACAAGGCUCCGUCUGCAGAAGAGAGGCACCGGUAGGCUUCUUUCCAGUUUUUCACAGAUGUUUCUUUCACUUUUUUUAUGUGUGUGUGUGUACCUUUAUUGAUAUUGCUAUUCCUUUAAGUCAAAGUGCUAUGGUGUAUAUUACUAAACCUGCCUCUUGAGGGUCAAUAAAUCAUUUGGCAUAGAAGGACCUUAUUUUAGAAGUAUGUAUUUAAUAUUCUGGCUUUUUAGUCAUGCAACGUUGUAUAUCACAAGGUAAUGCCCCCCCUAGUUCACUAGGUAUCUAUCUGAUAAACGUUUCAUGACAAAACAGGUCAGGAGAGGGGUAGAUGUCUAACAGGUGGGUAUAAAAUGUUUCUUACCAUCUCUAAUAGACUACAUUGAAUGUUAAAAGGCAAUCUCAAAAAUUCCACGUAGAACAAUGUAUUCAAUAGCAGUACCAUUAUGGUUAUCCAAUGUCCCGUCCAUUAAAAUAUUAUUAGAUAUAUAAGAAAAAAGGUCCAAGAAUGCCAGGGAAUUGAGGAGGCAAGGUUUAACGAAAGUUCUUUUUCAAGCAUUUAGGUCGAAACGUUGCUGACUGUUGGGUUUCAUUAAACUUUGCCUCCUCAAUUCCUUUUUUCUUAUAUCUACUGGUAACUGGGACCUGGUGAUGGAUCCUGGUUUGGCAGCACCCAGAAUUGUUUUAUUAUUUUUUUUGGGUUGAGUGCAGUUCUGGGUUUAAUUUUAUUGAAAUAUUGUCUAGUUCCUAAAUUAUGAACGGUUAUCAAAAUGUCUCAAAAAUUGUCACGUAUGAUUAUAAAAUGCAGUCAAACCAUCAUCCAGAUCUUUCCAUAUGUGCUUGUUACACACCAUUUAAUCUACAAAGUGCAUCAGGGCUGUCUGUGGAAAGUGAGACAGGAGAACGAAGUGUGGAUCUACUGGUUUUUCUGCUAGAUCACUGAUCACUGAUACUAUCGUAUUACCUAGUUACUCUUUUCCAAUUUGUCACUUGUGAAAAAACGUAUCAUGAGACAAAUAAUUUUGGGAAAGCCACAUUGUAAAACUAUUCAGAUGCACAUAUUUUGACCUCCAUCUUAAUGACUUAUUCUUCCCACAGGUGGUGUUGACACUGCUGCCGUUGGUGGAGUUUUUGACAUUUCCAAUGCUGACAGACUGGGAUUCUCUGAGGUGGAACAAGUCCAGAUGGUUGUGGAUGGUGUGAAACUGAUGAUUGAGAUGGAAAAGAAACUUGAGAAGGGACAGGCCAUCGAUGACCUUGUGCCCGCACAGAAGUAGAGGGCAAUAGAGACUGACAAACCACCCCUGAAAAUGACCAACAGACAGGGGGAGAGUGGAGACCCCAUUAAAUCGUUAGAGGUUAAAAAUAAGGCUGUCAUCACGAAGAUUACAUUGAGAUGGGUAAAGAGACCACCAGUGGGGAGCUGAAACAACUAGACUUACAGGAAGAAUCCACCAGCUCAGAAGGAUGAAGAAUACACCUAUGAAUAUCUGCUUUGUAGGACUGAAAAUUCUAUAGAUAAAUUGGGUUGCUUCCAUGCCUACCCAUUUCCUCAUUAUCUAAUGUAUUUUGUGACCCUCAUAUGAACGCCUGAAGACAAUAAAACCAUAAUGUCACCUCUGAGGAAGUAUUGUCUGUCCAUUGUACCAAAUCUUUCACUUCUA